UUGAAUGGGAACGCGGUAGGGACUCGGUCCGGACAGUUAGGCAUUCUCCUUUCACUACUAGACGGGAAAAGGAUAUUAUUGAUUUGCUAGUAUACUUCAUGACAAGGAAUAACCUGAAGGAAUAUUAUUCAGGUGACAUUUUAUUAGAAGUUGACUCUGGAAAGAACGGACUAACGUCUCCCAUCCCUCCCGCCGUCAUGAGUUCCUGGGUUGUGAACAGGAAAGGAGGUCCGCAGUACUGCCACCACUUCCUCACAGACAACAGCAUCUUUCAUGUGGAGCGAUGUAUGUGUGUGAUGCAGUCGGGUACCCAAAUGGUGAAGUUGAAAGCUGGUUCCAAGGGGCUGGUGAGACUGUUCUACCUGGACGAACAUCGCUCAUGCAUCCGAUGGAGACCCUCACGCAAGAGCGAGAGGGCCAAGAUCACCAUUGAUUCGCUGUACAAGGUGACGGAGGGCCGUCAGUCAGACAUCUUCCACCGCCAUGCGGAGGGCAGUUUUGACCCGGCCUGCUGUUUCACCAUUUACCAUGGCAACCACAUGGAGUCCCUAGACCUGGUGACCUCUAACCCUGAAGAGGCUCGUACCUGGAUGACAGGACUACGAUACCUGAUGGCUGGCAUCAGUGACGAGGACUCACUGGCCAAACGACAACGGACACAUGACCAAUGGAUGAAGCAGACGUUUGAGGAGGCUGAUAAGAACGGAGAUGGUCUGUUGAACAUGGAGGAGAUCUACCAGCUACUGCACAAGAUGAACGUCAACCUGCCCCGCAGGAAGGUCAAACACAUGUUCCAGGAAGCGGACUCAGACGACCAACAGGGCACGUUGACGUUUGAAGAGUUCAGCGUGUUCUAUAAGAUGAUGUCACUGCGGCGGGACCUGUAUCUGCUGCUCAUGGGAUACAGCGACAGGAAGGACCACCUGACGGCUGACGAGCUGGCCAACUUCCUGCGCAACGAACAGAAGGUCAGGGUUCACAGACAGACAACACUAGAUAAUGUAGUUUUAGUGACCUAUAGUACAGUCGGUGGUGAAGGUCAGGCGAUAUCUCUUUCUAUUCACCACUGUUUGGAGGCUGGAGAUGUGUUACGAGAGGAUGAACGUGCUCUGUAG